UUUAUUUUAUAUUGUGUUGUCCUGCAAUAGGCCUUUACCGUCAAAUAGUCAUAUUUUCCAUCUACACACUGGCUUAGCUAGUUCAUCAACUAAAUAUCAACUAUUACAGUUACAACCCUCAAAUGUUCACAGCAGUAUGGCUGCCGUAGUUUAAUAAACUUUGCUCUCUUGCUGUUUAAGCCUAUUGGCCUUGUUUGUAAUAGGCCUAACACAAUUUUGUGGUUUUGUCCAUUAUAUAUUUUUUAAAGAAACCGCUUGACUAUCCAGUGUCUUCAAUUUAAGUUUAUUCUCUUUCCAUGCGGUAACGCUAAAACCUUCCAUUCACUAGUGCAGUUAAUUUCUUUGUUGGGCUCGGAUUUCCCACACGCGGAUACACACAGUGCAUGCAGUGGUGGAGCGUUAUAGGCGGUAGACUGGAAGCUGUCAUUUGUCUGGUUUUAUGACUUCUGCGGCUUACACAGGCGUUAAAGACAUUCUUUCGCUGUAAAACUGCAAUAAACCCCCACUCUUUUUGCCCAAAGAAUUCGCACUGAACAAAGGGGCAACGCGCCAAAAAAAACGCUUGUCCCAAUAUAAGACUUUCCUUACCUCUUCGAAUAAAUGUGUCGAAUUUCGUGCACCAGCUCUAAUCUAAUUAUUGUCAAAAGUUGCUAUAGACUAUAGCCUAGCAGGCAACCUCAUGUGCUAUCAAAUGUAGCCCAGACCUGUCUUUUUUGAUGGAGAAGCCUCAAAAGAUUUUGGCAUAUCCUUACAUGCAUGUCUAUCCACAACAACGCAAUUUCAGGUAAAAUACAACUCCAUUUAUUACUCUUAUCUUGGAGGCCUAUCGUGACAUAAGUAACAGUGAUCCCAUUGCAUGGCAAACUAUUUCGUGUAAUUCCAGCUCUAAUGAUAAAUUAGGUGUGUGUGUGUGUGUGUGUGUGUGUGUGUGUGUGUGUGUGUGUGUGUGUGUGUGUGUGUGUGUGUGUGUGUGUGUGUGUGUGUGUGUGUGUGUGUGUGUGUGUGUGUCAAAGCGCACGCUCCUGUGUUCAGUUUUCCUGUCAGCCUCCAGGCUUCAAAACAAGCCUGUGUUAGGACUUGUUUUAUGUCAAACUGAAUUAACUCAAUACUUACUAUUUUGGUUUUAUAUCAUAAGAUUAGAUAACUGUGUUAUGGCCAUUCCUAUUAUCGAAUACAUCAACAUUCAGUCCAUUCAUGUAAGUCUUAAGUCUACAGCAACGUUGCUAUUACAAACUAUAUAAUUCAAUGUCACCCAAACACGUUUUCUAAACUCUAUUUGAACAAUUUGAUUAAACCUCUUUGUUUAUCAUAAAUCAUGCUUUUUAAUCAGUUUAUAAGCUAUGUAUCUCACACCGAGGAAAAAUAUAUUAAUCGAUUUAAGAGGGCCAUAUUGUCAAGACAUUUUCGAACUGAAUAAUUCGAUCACUGUAUUGCAGUUGCGGAGCCUAAUCUUAUUUUCUCGACCCGAGAGACUUGAAAACAUAACUCUCCGUCGUCUAUAAGGUCCAUCUUUAAAAAAAGAACAAGAGAAUGAACUCAAGUCAAAUAAUUGAAAUAGAGCAUGCUUGUCUGGCGUUAGCAUCUAUUUCUCUCAAUAAUUAAAUUCUACAUUUAGGCUAAUUGAUUAAUGUGAUUGUUUAUGGCCUAUCUGAUUAAGUUCAUCCACUGCAUGUUCUUUAUACAUUUAUGAGCAUUAGUGUUAUUAUUUUUGCUUCAGUAUAGUAUAGGCUACUGUGCAACAAAGACAUGUGUUGCGGAGGCAGAUUGGCAAGUAUGUGACUUUGUGCGUGCGCAUGCGCACUCGCGUGUGUGUGUAAACGCUCCUUAUUUAUGCAGUCCGUCUUUCUGUAUGUGCGCACGCAUAUGACAAUGUAUUAGCUUGCGAUGGCGUUUGUGUGUGUACAUGCGCGUAUGUGAGAGUAGUUUUAAGCGAGGAUUUUUUUAAAUUAAGUAACGUUUUUUUUCUCCCUUAGUCCUCUACUCCUUGCUUUUUAUUGGAGGAAAUUUGGUCAGCUGACAUUGUCAUCUUGUCCAUCCUAGAGUGAGGCUUUAGCAACAACAUUCGGCUUUGUACCUUGUGUCUUUAUUGGUGUCUAGAAAUACAUUAUAAAGAAAUCAUUCAGCGUGCCGGUAUUAAAAGAUAGACUGACAGAGAAAAAAAGAGAGUGACUUAGUGUGAGAGAGGGAGAAUAGAGAGAGAGGUGAGAUUGAAAGGGAGGGAGGGAAAGAGAAAGAGGGAGCAAGGGAGAGAGGCAAGGUAUGAAUUCGUAUUUCGCAAACCCGUCGCUCUCAUGCCAUUUAGCUGGUGGUCAAGAGGUUUUACCUAACGUGGCCCUAAACUCAACUACCUAUGACGCUGUUCGACACUACUCAUCCUACGGAGCCGCUGUGGCCCAAAAUCGGAUAUAUUCCUCGCCUUUCUAUUCGCCCCAAGACAACGUAGUGUUCGGCUCGAGCAGGGGACCGUACGAAUAUGGAUCCAACGUGUUUUACCAAGAUAAGGACGUGCUGCCCAGCUGUAGGCAGAGCAGUUUGGGACAAGGUGCACAAACCUCACUCCCCCAGGAUUACGCGUCUGAUCAGGGCAGGAACGGCUCACAGGAACAGAAGGGGAACAUUCAGAUCUUCCCGUGGAUGCAGCGGAUGAACUCUCAUAGCGGAGUUGGAUACGGUUCUGACAGACGAAGAGGCCGCCAAAUUUACUCCCGGUACCAAACUCUAGAACUCGAAAAGGAAUUCCAUUUCAACCGCUACUUGACGAGACGCAGACGUAUUGAAAUCGCCAAUGCACUCUGUCUCACCGAACGUCAGAUAAAAAUCUGGUUCCAGAAUCGCCGGAUGAAAUGGAAAAAGGAAAGCAAUCUAACUUCGACUCUAACCGAAAGUGGUUCGGCAGGGGUGAGUCAAGACACGGGUAAAGAGGACACAGAAGAGGCGACAGAAGAGAAGAAAGAAUGAACGACUUCCUAACUUACUAUAUGCAUCAAUCCGCCGUUCUGUGAGGAUAACUUAACUACCUAUCAAGUAGUCUACCUAUAAACUAUUGUUUGGCACAAUAAAGAAACUAGUGUAGUAAAAUAUGUGGCUGCGUUAAAUGCAAUGUGGACGCUACAUAUCUUCAGACAUCAAUGUUUGCCUUUUUAAUUUCUUUCUGUAUUGGAUAUGAACAUUUCACCGUGACCACAUCAUUUAAUUCCUUACUUGACAUUCCCUUAUAUACCCAAACUGUGUGUAACGCGAAGACAUUCGUCAUUAUAUGUUCUUAAAUGCUGUUUGACAGCAAUGAAAAACAGUGGUUCUCAGAUGUCUAUACACCUAUGAUGUUGGCAAUAUGUUUUACAAAAGUAAUUGUCAUAAGAUGUGAAGGAAGGUAUAAGCGUUACAUCCGCUUGAGUAACCCAUGUAUGUUUUUUUCGUUUUGCUGUUUUGUUGUACGAAAAAACGAUGCUGAAUAAUAACGACUCACACUACCUAAAUUGUUGAUAUGUUUGUAAAUAUAUGUAUAUCUAUAUUACACGCCUUAGUCCUGUGAGAGCAUUCGUCCGCAUCCCGCACCUUCUAUGUAUUAGCUAGCCUACUUUAUUUAUGUUUAGAUAUGUACCAGUAGGCUAGCCUACAUUGAGUAUGUGGUCAAAUCAUAACUGACCGAUGUGGCUUGAAUUGUAGUGUUAGUUGAAAAUCCAAAAUAAAACAAUAACAGUGAUGAAGGCUAUGAGAUUCAC